AAAAAAAAAGUGUGGAGCUGUAGAAAUAAGCUUGCUGAAAUUAAACAAAUAUUAAUAUGAUUGGGUAAUUAAGAAUUGCUUAAAAAAAAAAAAAGAUUUCCCAUUACUCCUUUUUCUUCUUCUUUUUCCUCCCACCCCCUUCUUUCCUUUCUGUAAACAAAUAAUAAUAAAAUUGGAUGCAAACCCCAAUAAGCAAUAAUCCUCAAUCUACGUUAUUGACUUUAUAUGAUGCUAUCACAGAUUCACCUAUUUAUAGGUCGACUAGCUUACACUUUGAUGACCAAUUGGAUUUACUUGAAAAAUGGCUAGAAUCUUUAUCUAAAUACAUAAAAUCCUAUGUAGAAAAGUUAAACAAAUUCAAUCUUGAAACCAAUACUCUAUGCAAAAAGGUUAUUCCGGUUGGUAUAGAUGAUUUUAUGAUAGACCCUAAUUUUACAGGUGCUGUUAUUAAAAGCUUUUCUGACGCCUUACAAAUGAGCCUAGCAUUCAAGACAAAAUUGGUAUCGGAUCUUGAAGAUAAUAUAAUUCAGCCUCUUCAAAUGUUUAUAAAAACACAGUUAAAGGAAUUUAAAGACUUUAGAAAGCAACAUGAAAAAGUAUUGGAAAGAUAUGAAGCUCAACUUAAUAAAUAUAUCUCACAAAAUAAAACAAAGGAAGCUUCAGCUGUAAGAGAAGAGGCAUUUAGAUUAUAUGAAGCGAGAAAGUCUUAUGUUCGUAUGUCGGGUCAACAUGUAGUACGUAUAUUGCAUUUCCGUUCUAUUUUAGAACAUUUCCUUGUGGAACGCUUCACGUUAGCUACAACAUUUCAUUUAAAAGAGUUUGAAGGAGGUACUGAUUCAUGGUUAAAGUUAAAACCAAAUUUAACAUUAUGGAAGCAAUGGAUAUUAGAUGAUAAAGAUACUUGUAAUUAUCAACUAUGUCAAUUACAAUCUUCUCGUAUUACAAUGGAAUGCAAAUAUUUAAAUAAUCUUCGUCCUGCUAGAGAUUUAGAAAAAUAUAAUACAACACAUUUAAACAAUAGUCGACAUUCUUUGGAUUAUUCAUUAAAUAAUCAAGCUAGUUGUAAAUGGGGCUAUUUAUUUAUUAGAGGUGCAAGAAACUAUUGGACAAGACGUUGGUUCUUUUUGUAUGAUGGCUGCUUUGGCUCUGUUAAUUUAAAUCCAAUAGCAAAACUUAAAGGCGCUAUUACUAUGGGCGACCGUGUCUCGGUAUUAUUAUGUGAUAUUAAACCGAUGACUGAUAUUGAUCGAAGACAUUGUUUUGAAGUUAUGUGUGCUCAUCAACCUUCUUUUGUACUUCAAGCGGAGAGUGAAAAUGAAAUGCGUGAAUGGAUAGGUGCUUUCGAGAAAUCAAAGAGACUAAUGCUUCAGAACCAGCAAUUAGACUUUAAAAGUAACGAUGGAGAUACAACGCCCUUGACAGACAAAAACUAUUCAAUGACAUCUAAAAAUAACUUGGAUAAUCUGGCUGCUAUAAAUAAACCAUCUUUUGUCAUACUAUCUUCCUCACCAGAGAAUGAUCAGCAGUCAACAACUUCAUUGACACCAUUGCUUAUUUGGGAAGCGUCACGUGUAACCUUGGGCAAUGCCUCUUCUUCCGUUACUCCUUCAUCUCCUGUAACUACCCAAUCAUUUUCUGCUGCAGCUUUAACGAUAAAUAAUAACAAUACUCCAUAUUCUGUUGAUCAAGAUGAGGACAAUUUAAAUAACACAACAAUAGCAACAACGAUGAAUAAUCAUAAUAACACUCUCACGACAAGCUCGGUAUCAUCAUGGGGUAUUCCUUGGGCUUUAGUUCCAACUAUGUUUCAAAAUAAUAGCAGUAGCAAUAAUAGUCCUAAUGAUGAAAGUAAUAAUAAUACUAAAAAUGAUUUAUCUAUUCUUCCGCCUGCAUCACCAAGUACGUCAGCAUUUAUUGAUACAGAUGGGCACCAGGUUAUUUGGCCAAUUCGUAUAAAUGAUUCCAAUAUCCCUAAAGUAGAAUUGACAGGAUAUCAUUCUUCAUUAGAGGCACGUAAUAAAGAGUUACGACAUUUAUUCGGUGGUGUAGGUCAAAAUGAAGUUGUAUUAGCUUCAUUUGUUGGUUUAUUAAAAAAGAAACCUUUACAUGAUCCAACUGAUCAUAAGGAGUCAGAAACGUCAUCUUCCCCUAUCUCAGCCAAUAGUCCUGUAGAUACACUUGAACAAGAUUUUAACAGUCAAUUACCAAGUAGUGUGAAGGAACCAUUAUCUAAUUAUGGUUAUGCCUAUACUGGGUGCGGUUAUAUUACUCAAGAAGCAUUUUGGUUCUAUAGCUGUGUUAUGAUGAAUUGCGUUAACACAGUAGCUGUUCGGCUCUGUGAUAUAAAAUCUAUUCGACUUGUUAGAGAUAAUUCUCUUCAAAAUAUAGGUACAAAUUCGAAUAUAGCUAUAGCUAUUGAUUUGUUGAGUAGUAAUGAGGAUAAUAAUGAUGAGCCAUUGAUAUUCACUACUUUAAUGGAUGAUGUCGAGAUUAUUGCAGAAAAAUUAAAAUUUGUAGUUUCAAAUGCCAAGAGCUCGGAGCCUGAAUCACUUCAAACUACAUAUGAUGUAAUUCAUAGUAUGUCUACUGCAGUAAAGGGAAACAAGUCUAGCUCAAAGAGUUUUAAAACAACUGUUAUAAAAUCAGCUACAGAUCCUUUAUAUUCUACUACUACUACUACCACCACUGACAACGCUAAUACUGUUCCUAAUGCUUCUUUAUAUUCAUUACCACUAGAUCAACUCUCUAGUACAGACCUCAAAAAGAAAUUAAAUAAUAAUAAAUCACCGCGUAAAUUCCCAGCUCCUAUUCAACCAAAAUCUGGUGCAUUAGCUGCGGCUAUGAUGGCAGCAACUGUAGCAGGUGGUAGCGGUAUUUUUGACGCUAGAAAAAAUAUUAUCCAACAAGAGGAUUCUUCUCCUCCUUCUUCUUCUUCUUCUUCUCCCACACGUCAUCUAUUACGUAAUCAUAAGAAAUUCUCUGCAACAUCAUUAAAAUCUUUAAAUCAAAAGCAGCAACAAGAAAAUGAUGAAAUAGAUCCAACUUUAAUUGAUCAGCAUUUAGCAUCACCUAUACCUUCUAAAAUAUCUGAUAAUAACAUUUCAAGUGAUAUUUCAGAUACGACUCAAAAACCGAAUAACCCAUUCGCUCCACCUAAAGACUUUAAAAUACCUUUAAAACCAGUAUCUUGUGAAUGUGAUAAUCAUUUAGAUAAACUAGAAGCAGAGAUUGAAGUACCUAUUUCAGCUAAACAUUUGUAUUAUAUUUUAUUUUCAGAUGAUAAUCCCGAAUAUAUGAGUAUUUGGGAGAAAAAGACAGUAGAGAAUAAGAGCAAAGAAUUAACUAUGACAAAAUGGCAAGAAGUAGAUGGUAAAAUAGAGCGAACAUUAAAGUAUGUUGUACCAGUGAAUAAUACCAUGGUAAAAUUAAAAGAAGCUGAAGUUAUAGAAAAACAAGUAAUAGAAAGGAAGGAUGAUUACAUACGUUAUGUUGUUCUGACAUCUACAAAGUCUGCUCAACUUCCAUAUGCCGAUGCAUUUGUACCUUAUGUGAAAUAUUGUAUUACUUGGGUUAGUGAUGAUCGUAGUAAGCUUUCUUGUUAUACAGGUGUAAAGUUCAUAAAGAAUGUUCUUGUUAAAGGAAUUAUCAGUAAAGCAGCUAUGAAAGGCAUGAAUGAAACCAUGUCUAUCUUCAUGCCUAUCAUCAAGAAUGAAGCCAGCAAACAAACACAAUUGCAUAAGAAAGAUACCAAUUUAUCAACCUUGAAACGUACUGCAACCAUUAAAUAUUCUAAUGCUACUACAACAAAAACUGAAAACGAUACUAAUGCUAUUAACGAAAAAGAGAGGACUAAUAACGACAAUAAAACAUUAUCAGGAUGGUAUGGUGAAGUAGAAACAUUAAUUUCGAUGCUGAAAGACUUCAUGGACGCUUUGCCCUUUACAGCUAAGGUACUUGGUGCAAUUGCAAUAUUAGCUUGGCUCAUCUAUAGCUGGACCUUCUCACAACAACAACAACAAGAUGUUAUGACUUCUAAUCACAUAUCAGGAACUCAGUCUACCGUUAUUUCUCGAGCUGUUUACUUACGCGACAUAAAUGAAGGGUUAUUGAAUUCUGAAUUACAAUCUGCUUAUGAGCAUACUGAAAGCUUUCGUUUAUUCCUCGAAACAAAAUUACCUAAUAAAACUCAAGGCACGCACUAUCGCUGGUUUAGUUCAUAUCACCAUCAGUUUGCAACUGAGCUUUUGUUUAGUAGAGAAAGACUUGCUAUGUUGCGUCAUGAUUCAUUAGUCUUGUUUCAAUUGUUAAACGAAAUUGAUUCUCAGUUAUUAGAAAACGAGUAUACCAAUUGGUUAAUGGAUAUUAGACUACAUUGUCGUUCUCCGGAUGUAGAUUACGAUGCUCUUCAUUGCGAUGAGGUGAAACGUCAAUUGCGAUCACUGCUUAUUGGCUGAUAUCAAAGACAAAAAAAAAAAAAAAGGACAUUCAAAUAAACAAAUAAAUAAAUUGCUUUUUGUCCUUUUUCUUA